AUGAUAAAAAUUGAUGAGGAAUCUUAAUCAGUUGGUGAAAAAAGUUAUGUAUCAGGUAUAGUGAAUCCAUUAUAGAAAUUGACUCCGCUAGCAGAAAUAACUUUAGCCGAAAAGUUUUUUCCUACUAAAGUAGAAAAAAAUGUGAUGCAGACAAUAAAAGCAUUUAGUAGAAAAGAUAAUUAAGAUGUAGAAAUGCCAGAGCUAAUGCAGCAGGAAGACCACGUUUAGGUAUAGUUAGUGGCAAACAAUUUUAAGAUCAUUAUAUCUGGGUUUAAUUGCGAUAGUAUGGGAGAUAAAUAAAAAGAAAAAUAGAGAAGAGAAAAGUAAAUAGAAAAUAUAAAGAAAGCAAUUAUGAAUACAGAGAGUAAUAAAUUUGUAACUGAUAUAACAAUAAUGAAUUGUAAAAUGGAUGUAUUUCAUAUUAUAAAUAUGCUCUGUAAGAAGGUACCAGGAUUCAAAGAUAAAAUAAUAAUCAAAAUAUUAGGUUGCUCAAAAAGCGUUCUCAAUAUUAUGAUGCUUAAAAGAUUUAUUUAUAGUUAAAGGAGGGAUAUUAGAGUUAUAGAGUUGAAUUAGGUCUAGUUACAUACAGAAAACUCACUUCAUACUUUAUAUUAAGGAAAUUUUAUUAUGCAAUUUAUCAGAUAAAAGUUAAUUCUUUCGAGAGACUAAGCUGUAAGAAUACUUUUUCUUGAAGAUUAUUUGAAGCCACAAAUUCUUCCUUAAAUAAAUUAAAUUAAUAUUUCUCUGUAACCAUUAAUACCACUCAAGAUUAUGGAUGCUUAGCAGUAAAAGUGGGAGCAAGUCAAGUAUGAGAAUGCUUUAUUAGAUUUAGAAGAAGAAUUAAUGGCUCAUAUACUAAUGAGAAAUAACCUUAACUUCCUAUUUGAAAUUGCUAGAGGCUAUACAAUUGAUGAAAAUACAUUUAAUAGUAAGAAGGGAUUAUAAUAUACAUUAGAUACUUUGUAAUAUAAUGAAAGUUCUAUUUAAGAAGUAACAUUUAUAAAUUUGUAUAAGCCGAACUUAAGCAUUUUCAAAAUAGUCAUUUCUAAGCUAAGAAAUCUUAAAUUAAAAAGUAUAUGUUUUGUAAAUGUGCCUCUUCUAAUUGACCAUUUAAUUAUAGUUAAAAAUUUGCUAUGGUGGAAUAAAAACCAUUUAUAGUAAAUAGUAUUUGGAGGCAAUCACAUGAAUGAAACAGAAUUCUGUUUCUUACUACAUAGCAAAAAUUUAGAUAUUUUAGAUUUUAAAAGCUUGAAUUCUCUUUAAAUUUUUGAUAAUGAUUAUGUUAUUAAAUCGUAGUCAUACCUUAAAGUAAUGAAGUAAUUCUAAUCUAUUAUUGAUGAAAAAAACGAAAAAAUGGCGAAAAAAUAGAAUGAUAAAACGAAAUAAAAAGAAAAGAGCCCAAAAAAAGAAAUUGAAGUUCAAAUAAAAAAUGAUUAAAUUAAAUAAGUUUAAAAAGAUAAUGUUGGAAAAAUUGAUAAAAAUAAAGAUACUAAACCUGCUUCUAAUUUGGUUCCUAAUAGCAAUUAAACUUAAAUUAUUUUAACAACAUAGAAUAACUUAACACAGAUAGAUGAAUAAGAUUUACUGAAGGAUUAAAAUCAAAAAAAGCUACUAUAAAUAGUAGAUUUAAUGAAUAAUUAAAAUGAAGAAGGAGAAGUUAAAAAGGAUUAAAAUAUAGGAAGAAGAGUAGAGAGUUAAGCAGUGAUUGAGGGAGAGACUAACAGUAAUUUUAAAAACAAUUUAUCUAUCUCUAUUUAAAAGACUGAUAAUUUGCAGAAUUAAUUUACUGACGAAAGCCCUAAAAAAAAUACUUAGCUUGGAUUUAAUAAGCAGUAAUUAGAAAAUAUUAAUGCUGCUUAACUGAAUAACGAUAAUUUACCCAAAAAAACCAAUCAAAAUGAUUUAAGUAUAUCUACUUGUAAUAUCGAAGCAGAGCAAGAAGGGAAUAUUAAUUCUGUUUAUGAAACAGAAAAAAUUUAAACUGCAUAAUAAUAUAAAAAAGAGGACUUUACUUAAAAAAAGAAAAUGAUUAACUCUCACGAUUACAGACAUAAAAUAAGAGAUAAUUAAAACCAAAGAGAGUUUAAUAAAUAAUAAAAGAAACUUGAACUUAAAAAGAAAGAAUAAGAUAUGUAAUUAUAAAAUAUAUAAAAGGCUGCACUCAAAAAGGAUGGUUAAAAAACAAAGAAAAAAAUUUAAUUUGAUCCAGAUUUAAAUAAAGAAAGAGAACCAAAAAAUAGCUUGUUGCAGCAAAUUCAAUAAAAACUUUCAAAAAAAGAGGCAAGAAAAAAAAGUAAAUAGUUUUAUUAAUUUCAGAGUGUUGAUAAACUCAGAGGUGAAGUGUAAGAUUUUUACUAAAUUGAAUGUGAUGAGUUAUUCAGAGCUGAAAAUGAGGAUUCUUUAACAGCUAUUAUAAAAAAUCAUUAUCUUUAAAAGGACUACAACUUAAAGCUAGAUUUGACUAGAGUUAAUUUAAAAAAAUGCAGUUAGCAUACAGAAAACUAUUUAAUUGAUUAUAUUUGUUAGAGUAAGAGGCUUGAAGAAGUUAUCUUAGUCUAGUAUAAUGAGAAUUUUGCUUUUACUUUAUCAAGUAAAAUCAAAGAGUUUAACAAAACCUUCGAGGUGUUUGAGAUAUCUUUUAAGCUUUCCUAAGACUCUAUCAUAUAAAUUUAGUAAGAAUACUUUUGUUAUUUACUUGAGGCAGUUCUUUUUUCAUCCAAAAAAGUAGUUAUAAAAAAUUUAGACAUCAAAGAUAACUAGCUUAUUAUUGAAAUAAAUGAGAUUUUGAGAAAAUUAGAAGAGAGUAAUAUAUAAUGCUGUAUAGAAUUGGAUGGAUUAUAAAUAAACGAGAGUUUUAUUACUUAAGAUUUAGUUGUUUAAAUGAUAACAAGCUUUAUGAGGUAGAAUGUGAAAAAGACUUUAUCUUGGAAAAAUGUCAUUAAAAACAGUUGGAUGGCUUGUGCAUUAGAUGAAGCUCUUCACAAUGAUAAUUCUUAAAUGGGAUUUUAGCAGAUAAUUUUAGAUGGAAAUAUUUUUACAGACGAAUCCCUUUAUACAAUCUUAAGAAGAAAUAGUUAAACUUUGAAAGAAUUAAAGCUAGUAAAUAUUUUUAUUACUGAGUGUGUUUCUUAACCUCCAAGCUAGUAUGAUAAAUAAGAUGUGUUUUAAUAAAUUUCAAAGUAAAAAGAAACAAGUGGCAUGAAUGACUAAGAUAGUAACCAGAAUAAUGGAACUGGAGAAGAUAGCAAUAGCAAUAUACAUAACAUCUAUGGAAAUGGAAGUGAUGAGAGAAAAAAGAAGAGGAAACAAUUUACUGACUUUAGCUAAAUAUUUGGGCAUGCUUGCAGUCUUAUUCUAGCAGAUGAAGACCUAAAUCUAAAUUCUCUAAAUGUAUUAGAUUUAAGUGGCAGCAUAUAAUAGAAUUACAUUACUUUUAUUUGUGCUAUUUUAGUUAAAUCUCCUAAUAUUACAGAAAUACUGUUAAAAGGAUCUGAAGAAAGAAAGUAUUCUGUACUAAAGUAAAACGAUUUGGAGUAUUUAUCAGAACUUUUAUAUGAAAUGAAGCUUGUUAAGAAGAAUCAAUUAAAACUUAUUGAUAUUUCUUAUAACACAGAAAUUGAAUAAGCUCCUCAAAAUAACCAUUAAAUUAACUAGAAUAUUUAAAACUCUCUAGCUAAUUUUGUAGAAGCUUUGUUGAGAACUUAAGAAUAAUCCAUUUAAAAGCUUUAUAUUCGUGGAAGAAAUGACGAAGGAAAAAAUAUGAUAACUGAUUGGAAUGUUGGUUUGUUAGCAAAAGCAUUUUCUAAAAAGAAGGUCAAGAGUAUGAAAGAGAUUGAUAUCUCCUUUAAUUGCCUAUUUACCAAGAAAUCAUUAUCAGAUCUUGGUUUGUUAUUAAAUAAUAUAUUUGAGUCUUCUCCUAAUUUAUAACUUAUCAGAAUGGUAGGAAAAGAAAAGGAAUCAAUGAUAAAUGACUCAAUAGCAGAAGAAAUUUCUAAAAUUUUAGAUUAAGGAAUAUGUCAGGAGCUUCGAUGUUUAGAUUUCUCCUAAAAUUUAGCAAUGCCAACUGAGAGUUUUAAAAAAUUAAUUCUUUCUUUAAUAUUUAAUUGUGGUAAAUUAGAAUGCUUAAAUUUAGCAGGUUCUAACUCACAUGUUAUGCUUACAAAUGAGAAAGCAGAAAUUCUUAUUAACAUUUUAGAAGACAACGUAGACUUCAUACAGAAUAUCAAAGAAAUAGAUCUAUCUCGUAAUGUAGCUCUUAGUGCACGUGUCUUAGGAGAAUUGGUUAGCAGUAUCUUAAUUAAUUGCAACCAUUUAGAGGUACUUAGAUUGAGAGGGUAUUAAUCAUUUUCUAUGAUAGAAAAUGAGAAAGCAAAAGCUGUUGCAAAUGCUAUGUAAUGCCUUGCUACAAAAAACACUAGCUCUAUAUCAUCAAACUUGACAACAAUUAAUUUUACUUAAAUGUUAGCUAGUUAAAAGAAUAAAAAUAGAAAUUUUGCAAUUAACAAUGCUUUAGGAACUAGUGGUUCUUAAUGCUACUUUAGAAUUUUAGACAUUUCAUUAAAUGACAUAGAUGCAGGGCCUCUCAAUAUUUUAUUCAAAAGCUUAUUAGAGAACAAAUCUGUUAAGUUAAAAUAGAUAAACAAAUCAAGGACUUUAGAUAUAAAGAGACACCAUUCUAGCUAUUAAAAGCAGAUGAUGAUUGAUCAUGAAGAAGUUGAAAAUAACGAGUAAACGUUUUCCUAUUAAGAUAUUAUAAACACUUUUGGUGGAAAAAUAUUCCCUAGUUUACAAGAAGUCAUCAUAACAGAAAUUGCAUUAAUAAAUCCCAACGUAUUGGAGAAUUUUACAAAAACAAUUUUUGCAGGGAGCUUUUAAUCUCUGAAAAAGCUUGGCCUAGUGGGUUCUCCUAAAAUGCAGGUCUUAGAUGAUGAAAGAGUAGAAAUGCUUAGUCAAAUUUUUGAUGAGUAUCAUGAAAAUUUAUAAUUGCUUGAGGAAGUAGAUAUCAGCUAAAAUUCGAUCAAUACAAGUCCACUACAUCUCCUAUUAGAAAGUAUAUUUUAAUGCAAAAGUGUGAAACGCCUUAAAAUUUGUGGAAGUGAGUAAUAUUCCAUGAUCAGCAAUGCUAGAGCUAAAGCUCUUAUUGAAUUUUUUGACUGUAAUAGAAAUAUUUAGCAAGUAGAUUUGUCAUAUAAUGUCAUCGAUGAUUAAAUGGUUUUGACAAAACUUUUAUAAAACAUAAUAUAUCAUAAUUAUUAAACAAUUUAAACUUUAGAUCUUUAUUAUCCCAAUUAUGUUAUUUCAUCAAUUUACAUAGAAACCAUAUCAAAUGUUUUACAAAAAUUUGAUUAAAAUUAAGUUUUAACAGAGCUCAAUAAUGUAAACGUAUCUGCAAUACCCUCUUAAUCUCCAAAAUCAAAAAGAAGACCUUAACAGUUCUAAAAUUUGUAAAUAAAUCCUAGCGCACACUCAAUUUCAAAUUUUGGAAAUAACCUUGAUUCUCCUAACACAGGAAUGAAUUAAAAAAGCCAUAUAUUUGAUAUAUCUCCUUCUUUGUUUGCUUAGAGCUAUAAUCCACAUUUUAACAGCCCUAAUGCCUCUAAAAAGCCUUUUGUAGCAGGCAAUUAUAAAAAUAUUUUUGAAAAUGAAAGUAAGCUAUAGAAAAGAGGCUCAGAAUAAAUUGAAAAAACAAAUAUAUAAACAUAUAACCGCUAGAACAAUACUUUAGAGAAACAAAACUCAUUGAAUAACUCUCCUAAUGGAACUAAUACUACUCUCAAUGAUAAAAAGUAAUUCUAACUUAAUUUGUUGAAAAUUGAAGGCUCUUCAAAUAGCAACAGUGAAGAUCUAGUAAAUAAAUAGAGCAGUUAAAUAAAUCAGCAGUCAAGUAGCCAAAACUAACAAAAUAAUUAGCCUUAAUAAAAUCUAUAAAAUGGCUUAAAACAAAUCUUGCCAUAUAGAAAAGAGUCAGAUGAUGUUACGGCAUAAAUUAAAAAAUUUGAUAGCAACAAUGAACAAGAAAUAUAAUAAACUAACUUCUUUACAAAUUAUUCAUUGAAAGAGUAGGAAACUCUUCCCACUCAGCCUGACUUACAAAAGAAUCCAUCUUCAACAAUUGCAAAUUUUUUUUCAAACUUUCUAAAUCUUAAUUCAAAUAAUCAGAAAGCUCUAGACCUAGAAAAUAGUGCAAACAAGCUACCAUCUUUCUAAGAAAUCAGUAUUUUUGUUUAAGGAUGUAGGCAAGAAAAGUUAGAGUAUUUUAGAAAGGUUAUAAGAAAAUGCUCUAAAGUUUAGCUCAGAGUUAACACAAAUUAUAGAUUAAGUUGUAUUUUACCAACUAAUUAAAAAAAUAAUACAACCUAAGAAAACAUAAAUAAAAGUAAAGCUACUUCACCUAUUAACUAAAACACUGGAGAUCCUGAUACUCUUUAAACUUUAUCAGACACUUUUUAUCUAGAUAAAUUAUCUAUUUCUUAGCUAGAUUUAUCUUCAUGUAUAGAAAAAAUUUACUGGUUUAUGUAAAACAAAAAGACAUUGAUAGUAAAAAGGGAGUCGUUAGAAGAGAUGCCUCUACUUGCUUACUGCUUUUCUUUUAAUAAAAAUUUCAAACUUUUUAAAUUAGAAUCACUAUUUACAAAUUAUGGUAUGACGACUUUAUUUGUAAAUGAACUUUUCCUUAAGACAUGCAGGAGUGUUUUACCAAUUAAGCCUGAUAGCACUUACUUACAUACUAUUAUAUUGAAUGCUAAUUUCUUUAAAAUAUUAGAAUUUAUACCAAAUCAGCUAGAACAUUUAAUCUUCCCAUCUAGCGCUUUGAAUCCAGGAUUUGAAUGCAUUAAAGAUGGAACAUUUAUUCUUUCUAUAUAAUCUUAUUGCCAACAUAUAAUGUCUCUUAAAUCAAUCCAAUUAGAGUACGAAUUUAACUAAGAAGAUCCUUCAUAUUACUAUCUAAAUGAAAGAGAACUUAUUUAAAAGCUUCUUAUAAUGCCUCCUACUAUUAUAAGAACAAAACCAAAAUCUAAUUUAAAUUUCCUAAAAGCGCUCUACAGUAUUUUAUAUGAUUCAUACUACUUUGAAAGCUGUGAAAUAGACUAUAAUGAAACUUCUGCUUUAAAUAAUGGAAUUGCAGUUUCUUUAAUUGAGAAAGCUUACUAAAUGGAUCCAAGCAAAAAGAUAAAUAGAUUUACAUUUUUUAUAAAAAAAAUGGUUUAUUCAAUAUUAGAUUUAAUAAUUGGUAAAGAAACUAUUUAUUAACUAGAUCAGCAGGUAAUUUAACUGAAUAAUGAUAUUAUAAAUUAGAAAGUUUAUGGUAUUGGAUUUAAAGAAAUAUUGAUAAUUAUAAAUAUAUUGUAAUUGUUUACACAGUUUUCUCCUGCUUUAUUUUCUGAUAUUCACAAUCCAAGUGGUAAAAUUUCUCCAAUAGCUUAUUUUAUUUUUGCAGGUUUUGCAGGGUUGAGCUUUAUGGUAGAACUUCUUUUGUAUUUAGGACUUUUGAGAUAUGUCUCUCAUCUAAUACCAGGAUUAUACGUGACAAAAAGUAAGGGAAUAGUUAAUAAAAUAUCGAAUUCAUUAAAAAAGUUUUUAAUGAAUAUAAAAAUGUUUAACUACAAAAUUCUGCGAUGUGGCAUAUAACUUUUUUAAAGUGUUAUUGCUCGUUACGAUACAUUUAGUGAAGUUUCUUUUAUAGUAGCAUGCUUUUAAAAAUAGUAUUACUUAUAUGCAUACAUCUCUGUUGGAAUAUUGGCUUUUAAUCUCAUGUUAAAUUACAUAUAUUUUUUGAGAUACUUAUUUAGGAAGAGAAAAAUAUAGAGAGUUUUGAACACCGAUAAUAUUAUAUAAUACUAUAAAAUAGCAGCUCUAACUGAAUGUAGCGCUUUAAGUGAAGUAUUAGAUUAAAUGUGUCCUUACAACGUUAAGCAUCUACCGGACUGGUGCAUUUUUAGAGGUUGGAGAAACUAAUCUAUAAAUAGUCAUAUCUUAAAUUAUAUGCAAAAAUUCUUACUUAAGAAUCUUCCUUAGAUUAUUUUGUAGAUUCUUUUUUUAUAAAAGAGUGCUGGAUCAUAACUAAAUACGACAGUCAUUAUUUCAAUGACGACAAGUAUCCUGUCGUUUUUUUUAUCGUUUUUGACGUUUUUAACAAUCAGACCAUCAUCUAUUACUUAAAUAGAUUUCAAUGAAUUAGCAGCUAAAAAGCAAAUUGAGCUUAUAUCAAAGUAUAAAAUGGAAGAAUACUAAGCUAACUAAUAAUUUAAAUAUAUUUUUCCUCAAUAUUUUACAUCAAAUCUUGCGAAUUUACCGUUUAAUUUUGGUUAAUCGCUUCAUACUUUAUAAAAUAAUAUCAUAAAUCACACUAAACAAACUGAAAGAGGUUUUGCCGUUACAUCAUAAUUCUAAAAAAAUAGUCUAAAAAAUUUAUAAACAAUUCAAAAGAAUACUACUUUAUAAUAAAAAACUUUAAAAAACAAAAAAUCAAGCAUAUAAUAUCUUAACACACCAAAUAAUAUUAGUAAUCAAAACAACAACAGUACUUUUUAAAAACUCAGGAAUUAAAAAAACAGUAUUUAUGUAGAAUUAUCCCGCUUAAGUGAAAAGUCCAAUCUUUAAGGAAUUUGA